AGCGGCGGGCUUUAGGACCCGUCGCUACGGGCGGUACAAUAGAGCUGUUGUGCCGUGUUGGUGGUGAACAUACUGCAGGCUGGAGAUUCCCACUGUGGUGGGAUACAAAAAGCCCUACGUUUAAUUUAAUAUUAGGACCACAGUCCAUAUUUUCAUAACUGUAUGUAUGUUCGGUCCGUGUGUUUGAAGGGAGCAAAGCGGAGAAAGGCCGUGGACGGAAGAUAUGAAACAGAGGUUAGUUAUCAGAAGAUUCUACUAGCAUGCUUUGCAGUCUGACGUUUAUGGACGUCGUUACAGGAUGAAACGUCUCAGGUCGUCCAGCAGCAGCGACAGUUCCGACAAUGAGAGUCCUUCAACCUCUUUCUGCUCCUCCUACAAAUAUGAGAGUAAAUCUGGAACCCCGGCCUCCGACCCGAAAAAACCAGCUGAGGUGUUCAGAAAAGACCUGAUCAGUGCCAUGAAGAUCCCCGAUUCCCACCACGUGUCGCCGGAGGACUACUACCUGCUGGCGGACCCCUGGAAGCAGGAGUGGGAGAAGGGCGUCCAGGUGCUGGCCAGUCCGGACACCAUCCCCGAGCCGUCCGUGAGAGUCACGACAGAGAAGUCCAAAGAAGUGCUUUACACCCACCAGAGGAAGUACGUCCAGUGUUCGGGCCAGGACGCGACGGAACCCGGAUACGUCAACAUCAAGGAGCUGGCGGAGGCCAUGUGCCGCUACGACCUGGACGACAUGGACCUGUACUGGCUGCACGCGCUCAACAGUGAGCUGAGUCACAUGGGGGAGGUGCCCAUCGACGAGCUGAUGAUGGAGCGAGUCAUCGAGGCCCUGGAGAGGCAGUGCCAUGACAACAUGAGGCACGCCAUAGAGACGGUGGAAGGCCUGGGGAUCGAGUACGACGAGGACGUGAUUUGUGACGUGUGCCGCUCCCCGGACAGCGAAGAAGGGAACGACAUGGUGUUCUGUGACAAGUGCAACAUCUGCGUGCAUCAGGCCUGCUACGGUAUAGUCAAAGUUCCUGUGGGAAACUGGCUCUGCAGGACGUGCGUCCUGAGCAUCGACCCCCAGUGCCUGCUGUGCCCCAAGAAGGGCGGCGCCAUGAAGGCCACGCGCGCCGGCACCAAAUGGGCUCACGUCAGCUGCGCCCUGUGGAUCCCCGAGGUGAGCAUCGCCUGUCCGGAGCGAAUGGAGCCCAUCACCAAAGUGUCCCACAUCCCGCCCAGCCGCUGGUCGCUCAUCUGCAGUCUGUGCAAACUGAAGACGGGCGCAUGCAUUCAGUGCUCGGUGAAGAACUGCACCAUCCCCUUCCACGUGACCUGCGCCUUCGAGCACAGCCUGGAGAUGAAGACCAUCUUGGACGAGGGCGACGAAGUCAAGUUCAAGUCGUUCUGCCUGAAGCACAGCAAGCCCGGCGACGCGGGCCUCAGCCCGGGCCGCUCCAAAGCGCCCGGCGAGGCGGCCAAGGUGGGCCAGCGCGCGCAGAGGCUGCAGGAGCUGGAGGAGGAGUUCUACACGCUGAUCCAGCUGGGCCAGCUGGCGCAGGAGCUGGGGCUCUCCGAGCGCCCGCUGGACUUCAUCUACCAGUACUGGAAGCUGAAGAGGAAGUCCAGCUUCAACAAGCCUCUGCUGCCCCCUAAGGAGGAGGAGGAGAAUCUGGUGCUGCAGCCGCAGGAGGACAGCAUCCACACGCGCAUGCGCAUGUUCAUGCACUUGCGACAGGAUUUGGAGCGGGUGAGGAAUCUGUGCUACAUGGUGAGCCGGCGGGAGAAGCUGAAGCUGCUGCAGAGUAAAGCUCAGGAGCAAAUGUUCAACCUGCAUGUCAAGCUUCUCAACCAGGAGAGUUCCUCUGAUCUUCCUGCUUCUCUCCCGAUGGACAACAUGCUGUUCCGGCCUCCUCCGAGGAUCACCCUGAAGCUGAAGAUGCCCAAAGGCUCCGGUCUGGGAAACGGAAACCGCAUCUCCAAGCUGGGCAACGGACCGCUGUGCCCGGACAACAGCGGGAACGUCAACGAACACGCCGCAGAGGGGCUCGGCCAGGGGAAGCCCCAGCUGCACGCCCGCAAAGACGACCGACCCAACGGUCGCCUGUCGUCCUCCGGCGGCGGGCCGCUGGCCGGCAAGCCUGCAGGCAAACAUUUGGCCUUGCACAUCGUGCACCACGCUCACUCUUCCAACAGCAACGGCAAACUGGACCAGGACCGAGCGUGCGCGGUGAAGUGCAACGGCGUCCUGGACAAGGCGGCGGCUCAGAAGGACGGCUCCUGCCAGACGCAGGGCACCGGGGCCGUUUCCAAGGAGGACCUGGACAAAAGCAGCUUCUGCAAGUCUGCUAUGGAGCGUUUCGGCAGAUCCUUCAAGGAGGCGACCAUCAACUUGGUGCGGACGACGGAGGACCUGUGGGUCUCGGACAAACUGGCCCGAAAGAGCGCCGCCAAGGAGAAACAGUGGGCCAAACCUGUACUAGAACACAAAGCCAAAAACAGACGGCCGCACCAGGACAGCGACGGGUACUGCCCCGACCUGGAGCUGAGCGACUCCGAACCCGAGGCCAAAGGUCGGCUCGGUCAGCAGGUGGGGCUGCCGCAGCCAAACGCCCAGCGGAAGGGGAAGCACUCGGCAGGGUCCAGACACUCGGUGACGAGGUGACACUGUCAGCCGACGCUUCCAGCUCCUCUCAUCAGGGACCAAGUCACAGCGCCGACGGUGCUGCGACCACGGGACGCAGCGUGAGGUUCAGGACCAUACGGGAGGUUGAAACUCAUCUGAGAGAGAUUUGUACAACCAAGUGCAAACUUUUUUUUUUUUUUGUCAUUUUGUCCAGUAGAUUUUUAUUUUUAUGUUUUUGUUUUCCACAUCAGCUGCCUUUUCUGAAAACGAAUGCUCCACACUCGGCUGGGUUAUAGUUUGUUUCCGGUGGGUAAACACUACAUGUGUGUCUCAAAAUGGGACGAGACGCGUCUUUAUUUUAUUUCAUUCUCUUUACGUCGCGCCAACAUCCCAAUUAUCCUUCAAUAAUGAAAGUGGUGGCAGCGACAUAUUACGAGGUGGCGGUCGGACCGCCCCGUUUCCUGGGGUCAGACGGUCACAUGAGCAACCUUCGUUGUCAGAGUUGAAAUGUGAAAACGAGCUGUGAAACAACCAUCUUUACUGUUCUACGUCCUCCUGUUUCAGUAAUAAACGUGGCAGAAAUGCUUCAAACCUG